AUUUAGUUUGUUAUCCAGACUUCAUUUUGAGAAAACGACACAGAGAUGUGACGACUGAAAACUGAAGCAGGGUGAGUGUUAAUCCAACAUUUUAUUAUUUUACUGUCAAAGUGUCUGAGUCAGUUUCUCUCUGUGUGUGUGUGUGAGAGAGAGAGGUUGUGUGUUACCUUCUGUUCUCUCAGUCUUGUCUGUGACUCUUGUACAAACUUGUUUCCUGUUCACAGUCAGCGUUAAUGUUUAACCUCUCAGACUGACUUCAGAUCAGAAGAUGAGUCAUAGUGUGGAGGAAGAGGAGGACAGAGCAGAGUCUCUAGUCUCUGGCUGUCUGUCUAUGAAGAGUGACUGGUCCAUAGGGGAUCCUCCAGUCUUCAGUAAUGAACCUGGACCCUCAGACACAAAGAAGAAGAGGAGUGAUGUCUCUGUGGAGGAGCAGCUGUCCUGCUGUGCUGUGUACUUGGACCAGUCUGCUUCAUCAGGAGACUCCUCCUGUCCCCAGUGUGGGAAAAGAUCCAGAACCAGAGCUGGACUGCAGCCAGCCGGUCAGACCAGCACUGUACAAACAGAUAGAGGUCUGCAGGAGGUUGUAGAUGAACAUAAGAUCAGUCUGAGGAGGAGAUGUGAAUGUGUGACUGAAGGAACUGAUGAAACAGGAAGUGGAACCCUCCUCAACAGGAUCUACACUGAGCUCUACAUCACAGAGGGACAGAGUGAAGAGGUUAAUACCCAACAUGAGGUGAGGCAGCUUGAGACAGCUUCCAAGAAGAACACCCUCCAUAACGCUCCAAUCAAGUGCCAGGACAUCUUUAAAGCCUUACCUGACCAACAGGGACACAUCAGAGUCGUUCUGACGAACGGCGUCGCUGGCGUUGGAAAAACCUUCUCAGUGCAGAAGUUCACUCUGGACUGGGCAGAGGGCUUGGAAAACCAAGAUGUCAGUCUGGUGGUUCUGCUUUCGUUCAGGGAGCUGAACCUGAUCAGAGAUGAGCAGUACAGUCUUCUCAAGCUGCUCCAUGUUUUCCAUCCAACAUUACAGAAGGUCACAGCAGAGAAGCUCGCUGACUGUAAAGUUCUGUUCAUCUUUGACGGCCUGGAUGAAAGCAGACUUUCACUGGAUUUCAAGAACAAGAAGGUUGUGUCUGAUGUCACCCAGAAGUCAUCAGUCAACGUGCUGUUGACAAACCUCAUCCAGGGGAAUCUGCUUCCCUCAGCUCUCGUCUGGAUAACUUCCCGACCUGCAGCGGCCAAUCAGAUCCCUCCUGCAUGUGUUGACAGGGUAACAGAAGUACGAGGCUUCACUGACGCCCAGAAGGAGGAGUACUUCAGGAGGAGAGUCAGUGAUGAAGAGCUGUACAGCAGAAUCAUCUCACACAUCAAGACAUCCAGGAGCCUCCACAUCAUGUGUCUAAUCCCAGUCUUCUGCUGGAUCACUGCUACAGUUCUGGACCACAUGUUGACUACAGACCAGAGAGGAGAGCUGCCCAAGACCCUGACUGACCUGUACUCACACUUCCUGUUGGUUCAGACAAAGAGGAAGAAGCAGAAGUACGGUGAGGGACGUGAGACGAGUCCACAGGAGCUGACGGAGGCUGACGGGGAAGUUCUUCUGAAGCUGGGGAGGCUGGCGUUUGAACAGCUGGAGAAAGGAAACAUCAUGUUCUACCAAGAAGACCUGGAGCGGUGUGGUCUGGAUGUCACAGAGGCCUCGGUGUACUCAGGAGUUUGUACAGAGAUCUUCAAAAGAGAGUGUGUGAUCUUCCAGAAAACAGUCUACUGCUUUGUUCACCUGAGCAUUCAGGAGUUUCUGGCUGCAGUCUACAUGUUCCACUGUUACACAAACAGCAACACAGAGGUACUGAAGGACUUCCUGGGAGAAGAAUAUGUUCAUUCAACCCUGGAUGACUUCCUGAUGAGAGCCAUGGAGAAAUCCCUGAGGAGUAGAAAUGGCCACCUGGACCUGUUUGUUCGCUUCCUUCAUGGCCUCUCUCUGGAGUCCAACCAGAGACUCUUAGGAGGUCUGCUGGGUCAGACAGACAACAGUCCAGAAAUCAUCCAGAGAGCCAUCAAAAACCUGAACGAGAAGAAAUAGGAUGAAACCGAAACCUCUUCUGGCAUACGCCACAUGUUGAUGCGGAACAUGGUUGAUACAAAAACCUCUCCUGACAGAAGCAUCAACAUCUUCCACUGUCUGACGGAGAUGAACGACCACUCAGUACAUCAGGACAUCCAAGAGUUCCUGAAGUCAGAGAACAGAUCAGAGAAGGAACUCUCUGUGAUCCACUGCUCAGCUCUGGCCUACAUGCUGCAGAUGUCAGAGGAGGUUCUGGAUGAGUUGGACCUGAAGAAGUACAACACAUCAGACGAGGGACGACUGAGACUGAUUCCAGCUGUGAGGAACUGCAGAAAAGCUCUACUUUCUGACUGUGAACUCUCAGAUACUCACUGUGAAGUUGUGGCCUCAGCUCUGAAGUCCAACCCCUCCCAUCUGAGAGAGCUGGACCUGAGUGACAACUACAACCUGCAGGAUUCAGGAGUGAAGCUGCUUUCUGCUGGACUGAAGAGUCCAAACUGUAGACUGGAGACUCUGAGAUUGUGGGGCUGCAGUUUGUCAGAGAUCAGCUGUGCUUCUCUGGUCUCAGCUCUGAAGUCCAACCCCUCCCAUCUGAGAGAGCUGGAUCUGAGUAACAACAACCUGCAGGAUUCAGGAGUGAAGGUUCUGUGUGGUUUUCUGGAGAGUCCACACUGUAGACUGGAGACUCUGAGAUUGUGGCGCUGCAGUUUGUCAGAGAUCAGCUGUGCUUCUCUGGCCUCAGCUCUGAAGUCCAACCCCUCCCAUCUGAGAGAGCUGGAGCUGAGCCUCAACAACCUGGAGGAUUCAGGAGUGAAGGUCCUGUGUGGUUUUCUGGAGAGUCCACACUGUAGACUGGAGACUCUGAGAUUGAGUGGCUGCAGUUUGUCAGAGAUCAGCUGUGCUUCUCUGGUCUCAGCUCUGAAGUCCAACCCCUCCCAUCUGAGAGAGCUGGAGCUGAGUCACAACAAGCUGCAGGAUUCAGGAGUGAAGGUCCUGUGUGGUUUUCUGGAGAGUCCACACUGUAGACUGGAGACUCUGAGUACAGACAAGGAGGUCUACAGAGCUGCCAGACCCAAAGAAUGGGACUCAGAUGUCAAACUGAAUGUGGAAGAAAACCUACCGGAGGACGACAAAAAGGCUCCAACAUCCUUCUCACCUGAGCAGACAGCUGAAUCUUCAUACAGCUUCAGGUGUCCUGGUCCAGGUGUGUUCCAGUGUGCUUUGACUGGACUGGUGUUCGUCAUGGCUCAGGAGGCGGAACUACUGUACAGGACCGUCCAAUGGGAUGAGAGCCUCCUCCAAUCAGCUGGCAAAAUGGCUGCAGGGCCGCUGUUCAACAUCAAGUGUUCUGAGGAUGCUGCUCUCCGUCAGCUCCACCUCCAACACUGUGACACAAAGGAAGCAUUGCUCUGUGAUGGCCUGUUGUCUGUCGCUCACAUCUCUGAUGAUGAAAUGAGCAUCUUGGAGCCGCUGGAGAUUACAGACACUCAUGUGGUUGUGAAGAUCUCUCACCUCUCUGCCUUUGGCCUGAUCUGGGAUACGAUUCUUAGGAUUCGGAACCUCAUAUGGCCGAUAAAUGGACAAGUUCUGCUGUUCCUCCGACCUCCCAACGCAACACAUCAAGUACUCGAUGUCUUUCUGCUGAACAAAAACGUCCCUGUAAGCGAGGUUGAGGCCCAACAAAGAGGUGCUACGUACAUCCCGAACACUGCCAAGUGUCUUCUCAACUUUGGUCAAAGUUACAGUGUCCACUGUGAACCUGGGAGCUUCAGAAUACAACCUGAUCGUGCACCAUUUGACUCAGAUUAUGGACCAAAUUACCAUCCGACAUUUAAAGUUCUCCUGACUACGAUUCCAGACGAAGUGACUUUGAUGGUCCGGAAUCAAGAGAGGACAGAAGACGUCUGGAGAUGUGAUCUGUUUCAAGGAGAUCUAACAAUGGAAAUCCCUCAGAGGAGCAUCCCAGCAGAGGACAGCGUCUCACCAGAGGAGAGGCUGCGGUUGAUUCGAACAAAGUUUGUAGAGGGAAUGUCUGAACCUAAUCUGAACAAGCUUCUGGAUGAACUCCUUCAACGUCGCGUUAUAAGUGAUGAAGAAAUGGAGUCAAUCAGAACAAAAACCAGGGCAGAUAAAGCACGAGACCUGAUCGACACGGCGCGAAGAAAGGGAACUGAAGCCAGCAGAGUUCUGAUCGCUGCUCUCCAUAAGGAUGAUCCGUGGGUUUUCAGAACUUAGGCUGAAGCAAAAGCAAGAAGCUGGAGUGUGAUGAUGAAUCUCUAUAAUAUCUGGCUGUUUCAGAGACUCACAUCACUUAUUGUUGUCUUUAAAUGAUAAAUUCCGUCGUGGAAGCCUGUGUGGACUUUCACUCUGAAGGUGAUUCACUGAAGUUUGGGGGAAAAGUGAAUUCAUUUUCAAUCUCUUGUGGUUUGGUCUCAAGAUUUUAUAAUCAUUUACUUGUGAUAACUACUGAUGCGUUGUCGGUGAUGAAGACCUGCGAUAGAGAGCUUGUGACAUUUCUAUAUGUUUUGGGACUGCCUUCUUAUUGCUAAUCUUUGGAAAUGAUUAAUUUAGUUUUAAUUAGGGCUGUCUAAGUUAACGUGAUAAUAUCGUGCUAAUGCAAAUUUGUUUUAAUGCCACUAAUUUCUUUAACGCAACUUGUGAUUAUUAGAUUGCUGCAUCUCAGUGUUA